GAUAAUGAAUUGGCCCUGUGUCUUUGUAGUUUUUCUGAUUGUAUGUGUCCAUUGUUAUGGAUGUCGUCUUAAAUUCUCAACCAAGGAUCCGGAGAAAACAGCAGCCGUAGGUGACACGUGCAGGGAACAAGUUUAUACGAAGGAAGAUUGCUAUAACGCCAUCCAUAGUCAAAAAUUUUACAACAGCUCCGUGGUGAGGUCAGAUGCUCUGGUUCUGUCCAUUGACUUUGUGAAGAACAGGACACUAGUUCAAAUAAACAUCUCCAUGGAGUAUUUGCAGUUCACAAGAGGUUACCUUCUGAUUUUUGAUAUGGAUGAUGGCAGCAUUCAGUGCUUGUCGGCAGUCUUUCCAAGAUGGACCCCGCCCUCAGUGGUUUCUUUUACGAUGGAUAUCAAUGGGAAAUGUAGUACCGACCCUGAGAUUCACCAGCUGUUAGAUAUUCCAAUUAAUCCAGAAGUUUGGGUGAGUGAUCUUGCUAUACACAACAGCAAUUCGUCUUAUCUGAAGAUUUCUUUUGACGUCAAAAAUCGUGACGUUAAAUCGUACGAAGUGGAAUUAUGGGAUAUCAAGGACAAUCUCAUUAAAACAGAGAAAACAGAAAAGAAUUUUGUAAUUUUCCGGAAUAUCACACCGGGCACGUACUACACAAUGGUCAGUAUUUCGAAGAUGGAGAAGGGCAGAAAAUGCCCUUGUGGUAUUGACGUUAAGGAGCACAGAAUCUGUGAAACAUGCAUGACAAAAUAUUCCAAUCCAUUUGAGUAUCCAAUGAUGACAGUUGCAGCGCUUGCCGAAAAGAAUUCUUCCAAAGAGCUACAUGUAGCAGUGUAUGCAAUACUUGGUGGAUGUGUAGCAGUAGCCGGGAUUUUAGCGACGAUCUUAACCAUCAAGAAAUAUUCAAAGAGCUUGAUUAAUUUGAUGCGGAGGGAUUCAUGUCAUGCAUCGCUGACGAUUAUUUCAGCCAAAUCCCAUUCCUCCGACAAAGUUAAACUGUUGAAAAAUACGAUAAAGGCCAAGCUGAACAUUGUCUGUCAACAUUCCAAUAUGUCUCUACACAGCAUUUCUCAGUUUCCACUCCGAAUGUCUUCAGAUGUCAUCAUUGUAGUGAUUUCCAACCUUAUUCUGGAGCAUCAGUCGGUUCUUUUCGAGAAAUUUCCAAAUACGUUCGAAGACAAAUCUUUAGUUUUUGCCGUAAUAGAUAACGCAGAUUAUGAUUUAACGUCUCUGAUGAGUUAUCCAAUCUUUGAUAUAACAAGUGGUUGUGAUAGACUUUUGGAAUUUCUCUCAUCUCGUACAAAAGUACCCCAAGGAGAUCUUCGUGGUCCGAAAAUAGAAAGCUUAUCUACCUUAGACCAACAACAUGAAAACCAGGCGGAGAAUGCUACAAAAAUAUUAGAGAAAAUGGACGAUCUAAUUUACGCGCACAAUGUUUUGUGUAAGAAAUACGAAAGUGUUUCUGAAAUUGUCGAAUCGGAAACGAAAUUAGAGUCAAAAGUCCCCUCUACUAUGUACUCCACAAGCAAAAACGACGAACUAGAAGUGUCCGCCAUUUUCUCAUGUCGUUGUUUGUUUCUUCCUCCAGAUGACCAAUCGGAAGCAGAUUCAGCAUAUGUAACUCAGAGUGAGUGCAUGAAGCACAUCAAUGAUAUAUAUGAUGCUUCUAGACAGAGAGGAAAAAAUGUGUUUAUUUCUUCGGCGGAGAUGGAGGCAAUUAGUCUAGGAGAAAGGAGCGUGUAAGACUCAAUCAUCCUAGGAGUGAGGCGGAUCUACAUUUUUAUCUCAGGGGGAGAAGGUCAUGUAAGAUUGUAAUAAUCCAGGAAAAGGAGAAAGAAUUGUGCAAUACGUUAAUGCUACAGGGGAGAAAAGCAUGUCAGAUUUUAUUUUAUGGGAGAAGAGUUAACAAAAUUUUGUUGACCAUGGGAAACGAAUAUAAGAUUUUAUUACCUUGGAGACAAGGAUGUCUUUGACGUCUUGAUGGGCACAUAUGCUUUUAGGGAAACUAUUAAGCACACUAUCCUUCACCCUGAUCAUGAUUUGGUGUUGAUGCUUUUGCCUGGUUAAAGAAAGGUCCCCAUGAUAUAAUGUGCUUCCGGCCCCUUCUAACACCCGUCACCAGACUUGAGAAGUUGAAUUUGUACCGUGCAUUGUUGUGGAUGCAGACAGUGCAAUUGAUCUGCGGAGUGGUAUCUAUCAUGGUGAAAUUUUGAUACUUUGUGUGUUCACUGCAUUAUUUCAAUUUGAAAAGUGACAUUUUCAUCAGUAUAUUUCGAGAAAUAAAGUUAUGUUAAUUGAAA